UUAUGUCUGGAGUUCCAGAAGAAAGCAAUUAUUUUCACAGAAAAAGUUUGAAAGAUGAUACCAAGAAAAUCUGCACAUAAUCCAAAAAAAUUAUUUUGACAGAAAAAGUAGCCUGAAAGAUGUUACCUAGAAGUUUGAAGAAAAUCAGGACAUAAUAAUUUGUUGUCUUCUAGAUCUCUAUUGUAAGACUAACGCAUAUUUGUUCCUUCAAUUUUAAGAAAUACCCUCUUUCUUCAGGGGCUGAAGCUGUCUUUCUCCUGCUCCACUUCAAACAACUGUGAAAACUACCCAUGGAAGGAGGCAAGUCUUUAUCGUGCGCAUCAUCUUCCUUUAACCCAUUUUUCUUAAGCCCAUGUUCUGCAACUAAUUCAAGUUUAAUCCUAAGGACGAAAAGAGGAAAAAAAGAAACAUGUUUCUAGCACAAAAUGUAACUAUCAUCACCAAUUCUUUGAACAUUUGAAACCAUCAAAGACAAUAGAAACUGCAAGGAAUGAGACCCAAAGUUUGGCAGUUUUCAGAAUGGUCACGCUUAUCUUCUUCAAGCAUGAACCCCUCCCAAAAGAAUGUGUUUAAGGUUAUAUGUAACGGUUAACUGUCGCUGUAUUGGGUCGUUGGUAAUAUUCUUUGUAGUCUAUCAUCUGAGAAAGAAAUCAAUGUUUUCCAUUGGACAUGAGCAGCAUGAUUAAAAGGAAGACUAAUCAGCAACUCAUAUUUGGUGAGGAAAGAAGUCCUUACAUAAAGGCGGUACUCACUACCUUCCAACCUUAAACUUGCACAAAACAAUGGCUUCAUUUUCGCUUAAUCCUAUUCCUUUUCGUUCCUUAUUAAUCCUCUUAAUCUUGAACCUGUCUUGCUUGUUUAAUAACAUAGCUGCAAAACAUGGCAACUCUGCUCAUCAUCGCCACCACUCUCACAUUCAUUCUUCCACUUCCAACCCAAGGCUUCAACAAGCUUAUAUCGCCUUUCGAGCAUGGAAACGCGUAAUCUACUCUGAUCCUAACAACUUUACUACCAACUGGGUUGGUCCUAAUGUAUGCAACUAUACUGGCGUUUAUUGUGCAUCUGCUCGUGACGACCCCAAUAUCAAAGUUGUUGCUGGACUAGACCUCAACUUUGCUAAUUUAGCAGGUUUCCUUCCUGAUGAAUUAGGCCUCUUAACUGAUCUAGCACUCAUCCAUUUAAACAGUAAUCGCUUCUGCGGCAUUAUCCCACAAACUAUAACCAACCUUACACUUCUUUAUGAGCUUGAUCUCAGUAACAACAGAUUUGUUGGUGGUUUUCCUUCUGUUGUACUCUCCCUUCCUAUGCUGAACUACCUUGAUAUUCGCUACAACGAGUUUGAAGGGCCAUUGCCUCCUGAACUUUUCCAGAAGAAAUUGGAUGCAAUAUUUGUUAAUAAUAACAUGUUUUCUAGUGUGAUUCCUGCUUUUCCAAGUGGAAGUACAGCUACUGUCGUGGUAAUAGCUAACAACAACUUUGGAGGCUGCCUGCCACCAAGUAUCGCCAACUUGGCAGAAACGUUAGAGGAGCUACUAUUGAUCAAUAUCAAUUUGACAGGGUGUUUGCCACCAGAAGUCGGCUAUCUCUAUAAACUGAGGCUGUUGGAUGUCAGCCAUAACAAAUUAGUUGGUCCUAUACCUUAUAGUCUUGCAGGAUUAGCUCAUUUGGAGAGGCUCAAUUUAGCCCAUAAUCUCAUGAGUGGAGAUGUACCCGAGGGAGUUUGCAUACUGCCAAAUUUAUCUAACUUCACGUUUUCUUACAACUUCUUCUGUGAGGAGGAAGGUGCAUGCAUGAACCUGACAUCAAAAGGCAUUGCCUUCGAUGAUCGUCGAAACUGUUUGCCAGAGAAGCCACUGCAAAGGAGUAAGAAAGAAUGCGAUCCAGUGCUGGAGCAUCCCGUCGACUGCUAUGAGCAACGUUGUGUUGCUGGUAGCAGAAGUGGCGGAAUGUUUGGUGGUUCAGCUCCUUUUGGUCCUGCAAUAGUGCCUGCUGCUUCUCCCCUGAUGCCACCUUCUAUUGCUCCCAGCUCUACGUAAACUACCCUCGAAAGAUAGUUGCCGUAAAAUCAAAAUAAUUUCAGUUUCAGUUUCUGAGUGAUCUUGUAAAUAAGUUUGAUGUGAAUUUAGAAUAUGGAUGUAUGUAAUGCUUGAAAGAAUUUAUAUUGCUUCUAAACCCACAACUUCUGUGAGCUGUGGUAUAUUUUUAUUUCUCUUCCAAACCCACUUGUAAAGGCGUACAUGAUACAUAUAAUUCAUAGCAUAUGUUUUUCUUUUC